UUUUCUGUCCGUUGCAUCAGUUCCCAGUUCGCUCGCAACUCCUCGCAUCGCAUGCACGCGCGCCCCUGCGCUUCUCGCGUUUCACGGGCAACUCCCCUCCGCCCCGUCGUCGUCUUCUUCUCCAACCUCUCGCCCGCCUUAUCACCACCUCGCUCUCUUUUCCCUUUUGUAUGCGCUCUCACCAACUGCACUGGACUCGACUGAGAUCCAUAUAUAGCCCGGCAACCACCGCUGCCCCUCUCCUACAGCCGAGGGGUGCCGUGCCGUGCCGCGAGGAGAGAGAGGAAGGGAGGAAGGGUUGGUGGUUGCGGAUACCGGGAGGCCGCCGGGCAUUGGGCUUGGAAUUCUCGGUCCUUUCGCCAGGACAGCAGGACCAAGGAGGCGAGAGGAGAGGACGACGGGUACAGCGAGAGGGCGCUGCCGGGGUGUCCCCUUCUCCUGCAGCUACUCCCUCCUUCUGGAGAGAGGAGAUGGGCGAGACGGCCAUGGGCGGGUACGGGCUGGACAAGCCGCCGCGCUGCAGCAUCAGCUUCGACACGCCGUGCGGCGCCCUGCUGCGCGAGCUCGAGCAAAUAUGGACGGAGAUCGGGGAGCAGGAACAAGAUAAAGAUCGGAUGUUCCAAGAACUCGAGGCGGAGUGUAUGCGUGUGUAUCGUCGGAAGGUCGACAGUGCUAAUGCUGAUAGAAGCCAGCUCCGCCAGUCAGUGAUGGCCAAAGAAGCAGAGCUUAAAGCUUUAGUGGCUUCGAUAGGUGAAAAUACUACACAAUUUAAGGUGAAUGAAAAGCAUGCAUCGUUGAAAGAACAACUUGCUGCAGUGACGCCUCUCUUGGAUGAUCUCAGGGCCAUGAAAGAAGAAAGAAUCAAACAGUUCUCAAAUGUGCAAUCGCAAAUCGAGACGAUAAAUGCACAAAUUUCUGAUCACAAUUGUCAGCAUGAUGAUGGUUCGUCCAAACGUCUGACCAAUGAUCAUGACUUGUCAACCAGAAGACUUGCUGAUCUUCAAAUGCAGCUACGCAAUUUACAAAAAGAAAAGUCUGAUCGCCUUCAGAAAGUAUUUGUAUAUGUGGAUGAAGUCCACUGCCUAUGCGCUGUGCUUGGGAUGGAUUUUGCAAAGACAGUUAAGGAUGUGCAUCCAAGUUUGCAUGGAACCAACUCAGAUAAUUCGACGAAUAUCAGUGAUAGCACCCUUGAAGGUCUUACUCAGACUAUCCUGAAGCUCAAAGCAGAAAAGAGGACCAGAGUCUCGAAGUUGCAAGAAAUUGUGGGGAAACUCCACAAGUUAUGGAAUCUGAUGGAGUCAACAGAACAAGAGAGGAGACAUUUCAGUGAAGUAGCCGCUGUUCUUGGAUCUUCCGAGGAAGAGAUCACUUCUCCCAGUGUCCUGUCAUUAGAGACAAUUCAGGAGACAGAAGAGGAAGUCGAAAGGCUAACUAAGCAAAAAGCGAGUAGAAUGAAGGAGCUUGUUCUUAAGAGAAGGGUAGAGCUAGAAAAUAUCUGCAGAAAUGCACAUAUGGAGCCUGAUACAAGCACAGCACCAGAGAAGAUCGUUGCUCUAAUCGAUUCUGGUCUAGUGGAUCCUUGCGAACUUCUCUCCAACAUCGAAGCGCAAAUUGCAAAAGCAAAUGAGGAAUCUUAUACGAGGAAAGAUAUCAUGGAGAGAGUAGACAAAUGGCUAUCGGCCUGUGAUGAAGAGACUUGGCUUGAGGAAUACAAUCAGGAUGAUAACAGGUACAGUGCCGGCAGGGGUGCCCAUUUGAAUCUCAAGCGUGCAGAGAAAGCGAGGGUCCUCGUUCAAAAGAUUCCAACUAUGAUUGACAACUUGAUAGACAAGACAUUUGCCUGGGAGGAUGAAAGCAAUACACCAUUUCUAUAUGACGGGGUUCGUCUGGUCGCCAUUUUGGAAGAGCAGAAACUCAGAAGAGUACAGAAGGAGGAAGAUAAGAAACGAUACCGGGACCAGAAGAAGCUGCAGAAUCUAUUGCUUAAAGAGAAGGAGCUGAUCUUUGGGUCCAAGUCUGUUCCAAGGAAAACAAGCAGUUUUAACAGGAGGACGAGCGGGCAUCAUCCAAAUGGAAACGGGGCUGGUUUCAUGACACCGAUGCCCCGCCGGGUGUCGGCGGGCAGUGCCACUCCUGAGCUUUUGACACCGCGCUCGUACUCUGGCCGGUACAACAAUUACUUCAAGGAGAACAGGAGGAUGACGGCGGCGCCACUCAACUUCUCUACGGCUUCCAAGGAUGACAGCAUGUCAUCCUUCGCCUCCAUUAGCGGCUCCGAGCCUGGUUCUCCAUUGGUUUUGCACUGAGGAAGAAGACUUUCUUGGCGGGGAGGGUUGCGGUGAAGGCUACCGUCAAGAUUGGGCAAUUGUGUGCUAGCCAUUGACCAUGCUAAUGUGUGACCAAGAUUGGGACAGGAUUUAGAUAGGGUUGCUUGUAGAUACAUGACCUAGCACUUUUGUGGUGGUGUUUUAAUUCCAGCUGCGAGUUUGAUCGGUGUGUGGUUAGGGAACAUGAGAAAGGUGUCAAUGUAUUUGUUUUGUGCUAAUUGUUUUCUCUUUAUAGUAUUUCUAGUUGUGUAUCAUUGUUUUGGAUGUGAAAGAAGAGAUGGUCCAUUUUUUCCCAUAUAUCACAUAAAGGUGUUGUAUCC